UCCCUAGAAUUGAACUGGAGAUUUUCCCAGACUGCCAGGAGGAAGAGUUGUAUUUACUAAAAGUAGACUGGAACGAAGACUAUGUUCAAACAUUAGUGGCUGAAGCCUUGUCUAUAUUUGACUGUAACCUGGUGGGUCCAGUAAACUAUAUUAGCACUUACAACACUUACAAACACAUUCUCUCUACACAGUCUGAGAUGGAAAGAGAUGAAUUUCUGAGAAAGGGAUCUGGUCUUGAUGAAUUCCAGGAAAAAAUGGUUGAAUAUUCUAUGCUUGGCAAGGAAGUUAGUGGAAUUAGAAACUAUGUUCUUCUCAACAUGUUUGGUUUGGUUUGCACUGAUCUAAACACUGAGAUGUUCAGCAGAACUGCUGGUCUAAGGUUGAGUUUGAUUAAGUACCAGGAGGAGUUGAACAGGAACUGGAACAGGGAUAUCUGUAAGAAGUUUGAUGAGAUGGCGGGGAAACUAGGAGAAAUACCAGAUCAUACAAAGAGAGUACUCUUCCUUCUAGACUCGACUAUACUUCCUAAGGAAGAUAUUCAACUAAACACAAGAGUUUUUCAUUGGCCUAAAGAUAUGGCUGCAGUGUUUGAUCUGUCCAAGACUAGGAUAGGAAAUAAGAGAGACCAAGUUGAAGAUGCAUUAAGAGAACGCAUAGACAAGUUUGAAACAAUGGUGAACAAGGCCAGUAAGGACCUGGAACUGUUUAUGAGAAAGGAUCCCCCAGUUCUAACUACAGAUGAGAUGAGAAAUAGUUCUGGAACCAUAGAUAGGCUGGACAAGCUGGUUUCUAGUGCUGUGGACCAAUUGGCAGAAAUCAACAAAGAAGAAAAUUAUUUAGGAAUUGUGAAUAUUAUUGAUUUAUAUUUUUAA